AUGCAUUUAAUAAGACCCGAGGUAGACUUCAUCAACGUCAUGUACCACGUUGUGAUCCACCACACCGGUGUCACUGGUUCCAACGCGGCGGUCCAGCGAUACAUGGAUCGAGGUGCCCCUCCGGCUCAGUAUGUAAAGUGGUAUCGGACGGCGGCCGCGUGUGAAGCUCCAUACCCGCUUGGCUGCCUAGUGCCGCUGAUGGAGGACCGGGAGACUGGGGCGGACCUUGGCAUGACGGGCGGAUUUAGCUGGGUACAACGAGGCGCCUGUCGAGCUCGCCGAAUCUUUUCACCGGGCUUUGACACAUGGGGUUCAAGUAUGAGGAUAGGAACUACGGGUACUGGGACCCGGACGAACUAUUGUGGUGGCAUAUGGAGUCAUGCAGGAAACUGGUGGAGGUUGUGGGCAAAAUUGGGACUUGAAUGCUAUAAGAAUUUGAGGGCUACUACUGAGGGCUUGGAAGCUUUAGCUCGGGGGAAGAACGGAAAGGAUGAGUUAUGA